AUGGCUUCUGGAAAACUAGUCAAGCUCCUGGUGUUUGAGCUCCUGGAGUUUGCUGCUUUCUCCAUUCCCACGCUCGUGGUUAUGGAACAGUUUGCCACUGCCUAUCAAAGGACCUCGAACAUAGCUUGGAGAACUCAUUAUUGGCUGAUCGUUUCCUGUUCGAUUGCCUACGUGGCUUUAGUCACUCUAUUGGUUUGGAUUCCUGUCAAAGUUCUCCUAUACAAGAAGCAUCAUCUUUACCAAAAAAUUAAAGGAUGGAGACCUGUUACAAUGAUGUGUGUAGUACUCACAACGCUUCCCAGCUUCAGCUUUUCUAUAGCAGUAACUGAGGUUCAAAAGAGUAUUAAUGGUUCCGCUGAUGUUUUACCUGAUACAUUACCUGACCUGGCAGUCUCUCUGGUUGUGACUUCCUUGAUCGUGGUUGAUAUUAUUGAAAAACUCAGGAUAUAUCCUCUUAGAGGCAAGCAAAAGAGUAACGAAGAUAGGCAUAACCAUAAGACCACUCUGCAACAGAUAAGAACUGUGACAGACCAAGGGAGGCAAAAUGAAGACAGCCCCGUGCCUCCGCAGCCAGCCGGGAGGACCGAGGCGUACUGGUCGCCAGGAGCCGAGACACAGAGCGCUGCUCCUGGGCUGGCGGGACCCCAGGAGCCCUCCUUUCACUCUGGAGUCCUGGGAAUGCUGGCCCACAGGGACGUCCGCGCCGACAUCUUCCUGUGGGCCUUUCUGCUGUGGUCUGACACCAUAGAAAUGGUGCGCGUGGCCGGUCACCCCGCCGUCUACAAGUCACGCUGGCUGUACCCGGUCUACAUAUUCAGCUAUAUUUCUCUCCUGCGACUUAUACUCACCCCCCAGAACCCUCUUCUCGGUUUCUUGGGCGUCUUGCUCCAGGAUUUACCCUUUAUUUUUGUUCGACUUAGUUUAAUCAUUGCCCUGGGCACUGUCACCCCCGUAUUGGGCCUUUGUAAAAACAUACUAGUGACUCUCUCUUAUGUUUAUUUCAAUUACUUAACCAAAUUCAGGGUUUUCUCUACCUUUGAAGUAUCUUCAUUUUAAAAGGAAAAUGUAAGACAGGCAAACCUCUUUAUUAUGCA